AAACAUGAUCCAACAGGCCUGCUGUGACCUGUCGUUUUCCCACUGAACCAGACGGGAUGGAAGUUGCUGCGUGAUGACAAGAGAGGGGCGGGCGAGGGUCCGCCUGGCACUGGGGCAGAGAAUGUAGAGGGGACACAGACCAUCGAUCGGUGACAACGGUACGGUCAGGAAACUCAGAGGACGACCACGUACGGCGAUUACGUAAAUUCUCUACCUCCAGACAGAUUCACACCGUAGAUCUCUGGCUCUGUGCUGCUGGAUCCUCUUCAGUCCUUUGCCUUCAGCUUGGAUCAGGAUUCUUUCACACUCAACAUCUGGCUUCAUGUUUUCAACCCGCUGCUGCAGAUGAGAAGGCUGCUGGACCAAUGGAUGUUCUUCUUUAAGGAAAAGCUGUUUUUAACUUCAAAUGAGCAUCAUCUUGUAUAAGGAAUAAACCAAAACCUAGCAGCUGGGGAAUGUUCUGAUCUAUUGUUUGACCAAAGAUGCAGAGGAAUGGACGACACACGAUUGUCAAAAAACUGUGAGUGAGUUGAUUUGAAGCAACAGUUAUUGUUUAAAAUCGACUUUUUUGAGCUUUACAUCAUGUUAUAAUGUUAUUCCCUCAUCGGAGACACACCUGGAGUGUUGCUUGCAUUCUUCCACGCAUGUUUGAGAAAUCUUUUCGUCUCCCAUGGCAACCAUUCAGCUGUGCAAAACUCUUGGUGGGACCUAACACCGGCUUUGAGGAAGCGCUGCCUGACUCAGCUUCAGACUUCCAGCUCCUUCAGACUUCCCACUGGGAACUGCACAUGUACUGAGAUCACUAUAUGAGCUACUCCUCAGUAAAACACUCGUAAAUAACGCUGUUAAAGUUGCGAUGACUUCCUGAAGGCGGAGCUUCAGAACGUGAAGUAGUUUCUUAAGAAAUAGAGGCCCAAUUUCAAGGUGUUACUUUACAAAGUCAGAUUUCUUUUAAGUCUUAUUUGAUACAUGUAGCAUUUUUAUAACAACUGAAUGUUACUUGAUUGCGAUAUGAAAUAGUACUAUGUAACUAGAAAACACAUAAUACCACCCCUUUUUUAAAAACUUUUUUCAUGAAUAUAGACCUCAAUCUGGUUAAAGUGUUGCAUUCUGAGCAUUAAUACAGCAUCAGUCGUGGCGUGCCAUGCCUGAGACGCAGACCCUUUACUACAGUAUGCGUCGGCCCCAAAGCCUCUACCUGGACCCCUUGGUCGCGCAGCAGCACAUCCUGGAGGAAGAGGUGCAGUUCUGGUGGUUCCGAGACCCCAGACGGUCGUUGUUUUGCUACUGUGCAUCGGUGGCGCUCAUACUGGGACUGGGCCUUGGUGGAGUGGGGCUUCUCUCCACCACUAACAGCCUCUCUGUGGAGUGGCGUCUUGGAGUGGGAACCACGCUCUGCCUCCUGGCCCUCGCCGUUCUACUCAAGCAGCUCCUGAGCUCCGCCAUCCAGGACAUGAACUGCGUCCACAGUCGCCGUCAGAUCGAGCGGCUGCGGAGCGGAGGGAGGGCCGAUCCGGCGCUGAUUCUGGCCGUGGGGCUGGCGGUGACGCUGUGCGGGACGGUCCUGCUCUGCGUGGCCACCGUGGGCGGCCGGAGCCACGACAGGAGGGAAAUGUCGGUGUCUGGGGCGGUGCUCGUGGCCACCGGCGCCGGCAUGGGCCUGGCCGUCGCGGGCUACAGCGUGACAGUGCAUCUCAAGAGGAGACGGGAUCAGAGGAUGAGGAGGAGGCUGAGGGUCAGGAGAGCGAGGAGGCUGGGCGGUCAAGGCGUCCGAAUAUUCAACGUUUCGCCUCGACAGGCGAGUCAAGCCAGGAGAGACGUGUCUACCAGUAGGACAAGUCUGAUCUGAACGGACCAAAAAAAAAAAACAAAAAAAAAACUGACCAGAACACAUGGACAAAACACUGCACUGAAAGAGAAACUUUGCAAUAUGCUUAAGUAAUAAAGACGAGAAUCUAAUAAAGGUUCAGUAACUGUGUUUUCAUUAGCCGUAAAGUAAAAGCAAAUUGAAAUCACAAAAACAGGUUUGCUUAAUGGAAACUCGGCCAUUUAGAAAUAGAUGUAUUUUGCAAAACUUUUAUCGCAUCAUGCGAGUCACAUGAUUAACAGCCAGAUAAUUCUACUGGUGGAAACGGCAAAGAAUACGACAGGAAGUGGAAGGUGGAUGAUGUUUUUUGGGCUUUUUUUUUCUGAGCUCUCACAGAAAUUACACAGUUCAUAAAAAGUUGUGCGUAAUUCUGUCAUGUUUAAUCAGUAGCCUUUCUGUAAAACCGAUGACUCCCAAUUUUUCUCCAAAACGACGCAUACAUAGCUGCACCCAAGUAUAAAGGGCUUGUCGCUCCAACGCCUGAAUAAGACGCCGACCUCUCCUCUCAUUGCUGAUGGAUGGUUAGCAUUAGAACCAUGGCUGUGUGUUUACAUCUGUCGCUUCCAUGAUUUUUAAUCACUUAUCCAGGAACCAGGUUAUUUCACAUGUAAUUUCAAUUUCAUUGCUAAUUUAAUGAAAACACUGCAGUCCUGAAAUUAAUUUCCCCACCUCCCGACAUCAGCAGAAUAUAAACAAAGAUUUGCGCAUAUUUAUAAUGAAAAUGCAGCUACUGAGAGACUUUAUGCAGAAUGGAGACAUGCUGACAGUAAUGGGCCAAUAAAUCCAUAAAGACGAAUCCAUCUUUCUUUUUGGCUUCUUGGUUCCCAGUUUUUAGAAAAGUGGGUAUUUGAUUGUACAACCUCUGUGAGAGGAAGGGUUCUUCAUCCAGUCAAUAAUGACCUGGUGUUGGUCAGAUUUCAUCUAGAAUCAUAUCAAUUUGACCUCUGAAGGUCAAACCCACACAACAGAUUCAACACAGUGAUAAUAUAAAACCCAAAGAAGGAAACCUUUGUGUGAAGCUGCACACUAAGGAGGUACAUUGCAGUAUUCUUUCUAUUGUUAUUCUAACCUCAGUUUUAAAAAACAAUCAUCAAAGAAACAUUUAUGAUUGCGUAAUAUUUUAUAAGGCAGUGAUAUAUUUGACCUAUUUGGAUAGUUUCACUCCUCAUGGAGAUGUUUGGGGAAUCCUCAGGCAAAUUGAUGAGGACCAAAAUGUCAUGUUCCCCUAACACUGUGCUGCUCUACUGUCCAUUUAAUUAAACGAUCAUCAGUUAAUGCCAUUACUUUGCAAAGUAAUGGCAUUAACUGAUGUUAAAGGCAAGAGAUUUGGCAGAGUGGGAAGCAUUGGGAGUGUGUAAUCGUAGUGCGGAAGAUGGAAAUGCAUUCACAAAGACCUCAGAGAAACAAUUGUUGCUGCCAUCAAUCUUAGAAGGGUUAGGAGGACAAUUUCCACACAAUUUAAAGUCAAUUUAUUUCUGCCAAGUGAAAGAUUAUUCAGAAAUGGAAAGCACUUUGGACAUUUGCCAGUGAGGGAGUGGACUAAGGCUGAAACUCAAUGGACCUCAGUUCAUAUGUUAAAUGUGGAAAUAAUUAAGAGGAAAAUGCAAAAAAAAAAAAAAAAAAAAAAAAAAAGGUCAAGGGCAACGCUUCUUUGAAAAGGUUUUCUAUAAAGAAUUUGCUGGAAUGACUCAGAGUUGAAUGAAUGGAAUAAAAGGCCGACAUAUGGGACCAGAGCAGAGACCGCAGCAUGUCCACUUCUGUGUGGCAAAACCUAAAGAACCAAAUUUUUUGGGACCAAAAAAAAAGAAAAAAACCCUCUUCAUUCCAGCUGCUAAAUAAUAUGGUAGAGAUUUGAUGUUCUGGAUUUAAUCACAACACAACAACAGUGCAGGAUUCACUUUAUGUUUUCGUACAUUAGAGUUUAGAUCCAAAUAAGGAGAACAUAUAAAAACAGAUUAUUUUUCACAAUGUCCUAAUGUGUGAAACCCAGAGACGUACUUUCUUUCUUUUUUUUUUUUCCCCACAGGUACUGUAAAUAAAGUUUAUGUAAUUUAAGUCAUUUAAAACAUUACAAUGGAUGAAUUUGUUCAGAGAAAAUUGUAUGUAUAUAUA